AUGAAGAACAAAGAAGAAGAAUACUAUAAUGACUAUGGGUUUAUUCAAUUGAGAACGAACUUAUUUUUUUUAUCUGAACAAGUUGCAACUACUGCGCGUCACAAAUUCUGCGUUGCUGGUCAUGUGUGUUUCACAAAAAUUGAAAAUUAA